AUGUCGCCCACUUUUGCCAGCGGGUCUACCCAAAAUUUCACGCCAGCACCCAGUUUCACAGAGAAGGAUGUGCCAGAUUUAAGUGGCAAGGUGUACAUUGUGACGGGCACCACCUCGGGCAUGGGAAGCAACUUGCCCGUCUCCUCUACUCCAGAAACGCAAAGCCCGGAAGGAGAACGAUCUUAUUAUGCAACUCAAAAAGCAGAACCUAGUAGCGACGGAUCCCUCGUGUUCCUCAGCCUGGACCUCGCAGAUCUACAAAAGGUGAAAGAGGCAGCGGAGCAAGUCUUGGCCACCGAGACAAAACUCCACGUGCUCUUCAAUAACGCCGCGUGA